AUGUUGAGCCCCUUGGAAUACGAUUCAGACCCAUGGACAGACACUGAUUCAGAAAUCAACUCAGACGACCUCACGGACAUCUGCUCAAACGACGGCUCAAACGAUGGCUCAGAUGGCGACUCUGAUGACGACUCUGAUGACGGCUCAGAGCUUGAUCGUGAUGUCUUUGGCCCUCUCGUUGACAUUAGCGAGGAGUCCAUCCUCGCUCUGGCCACUAGAAUCGCCAAAGAUGUGCUGCAUGUUCUCCCGGGCAAUGCAGAGCUUCUUAAAACAGUUUCCGGCUCCUACAACAUCGUCCACAUUGUGCAGCUAGAAACCGUCAAGCUCGUUAUUCGAAUCCCCGCUACAGGCUGGGGCUAUGGAAUGACAAAGGCAGCAGCAGAUGCCCUUGCGUCGCAAGUCACAACAAUGCGUUUCAUCAAAGAACAAACCGGAGCGCCUGUGCCCGAGGUGUACAGCUGGGACCCAACCAACAACAACGAAAUUGGUGCGCCUUUCAUCUGCAUGAGCUUUGUUACUGGAGAGACCGUGUCUAGUGUCUGGUUCAAAGACUCAAUGGAUGCCGAGGCGCGAGAACAGUUUCGUCUCAACAUUCUGACCAGCAUCGCAGCCAUCAUGGCUAAAUUCUCUUCCAUGACCUUCGACAAAAUCGGCUCUCUCAUGCAAGCAGAAGACGGUUCCAUCUUUGUCGGUCCAGUGUUUGAAUGGGAUGAGAAGGACGAUGGCAGUGUGCAUGCUAAAGCUGGGCGCACAUACUUCUCAACAGAUGAGUUUAUGGCGUGCAGCAUGGAGCCUGCAACUAGAGACAACGUCUGGGGAUAUGCAGAGGCCAAAGUGCUCAAAAUUCUCUUGGAGAACUCACCACUUCUUCAUUCUCAUUCUCACUUUGUUCUGUGUCCACCCGACUUUGAUUCCCAGAACGUCCUUGUGGACGAAGAAGGAAAAGUGACUGGAUUCAUUGACUGGGAUCAUUGCCAGACGGUACCACGUCACCUUGGGUACGCCGCUUAUCCAGGAUGGAUCACUAGGGACUGGGAUCCUUUGAUGUAUGGCUGGCCCCAUAUGCCAGGCUUUGAGGAUUCUCCAGACGACCUACAACGAUAUCGAGCGCACUACAACAAAGAGAUGUGUAAGGAAUUGUCAGGGCAAGGAGACUGUGCUCUUACGAAAGACUCCCACAUUGCUGAAGCCGUCUUCAUUGCGGCAUUCAGCUCCAUGAGCAGGCUGGAGAUCUGUCGCAAGUUUGUUGAAGUCGCCCUAAAUCUGCACAAAGAAGACAGUCUGGGUGUUCUUUUGGAAAUUGGCGAGGGUGAGUUUGACAAAGAAGACUGGGAAGACUUGGAAUACAAGUUGAAAGCUUUGGUCUGUCCGCCAGUCACACCCUCACGAGAAGGUUGA